ACGUCUGAUGAAACCAUGGAGAAUCCAACUGUUACUGGAUUGAGGUCAAGGUCGCGCUCCAAAACACCAUUUCUCAGAUCGAGCUGUGACCGGGAAAACUGUGCUGAAGGAGAGGAUCACACACACCAUAAAUCUGGAAGGAAAACUCCUGUGAAACGAAGCACUCCUAUAAAGCAACUGCAACAGCCUUCAAGGAAAAUGUCAACAGAUAUAAUAACUGAAACGGAUGAAGAGCAAGAUGGUCCUGCACAUCGCACACGACAAUCAACGCGAAUCGUCGAGAACACCAGUGACUAUUCUUCUAGUGAAAGUCAAGACAGAGCCAAGAGUCACAGGAGAGAAGCUGUACAGAACGAGAUCAACAGUCGGUAUGAGUUGGUGUCUACGAGCUCGCGCGGGUUCAGCACCCUCGCCGACUUCACUCUUAGCCCCAUCUCGACGCACAACGUCACGCGCGACCGAUCAUUCCGACUGAGCAGCCCAACGCAUAGCGCUUGUUCGACGGACAGCUCGUUCGCCGAGCAAGCGUUGGCAGACACCAGCGUGCUGCUAGACAAAGAUCCGGCCGUCGAUCACCUGCCCUACCGCCUUUACAAGAUGGCUGGCGAGUACUGGAACAAAUAUCCCAAAACAGACUACACAUACUCGCCACUGUCCAAAGAUCGUGUCGAGUUGGCGCCCGGGCAAGUAGCUGUACCGAAUAUGUCUCGGAGGUCACUGUCCCAGUUCAGGAUCCAAGGUCCUAACACGUCCGUCGACGAGGUGGAUCUCUUAGCAACCACGUGGAAGACAAGCACCACCAGAAAGAGGUUCACUACCAUCGAGAGCUCAGACGACGAGGGCGUGUACGUACAAGGCAAUGGGGGAUUUCGGCAUAGGGAACAGAGGUGGUGGAUCACACGACUACUACUGGCCAUCGUGACUACUAUCACAACUACUGUCAGCGACACAUAUAGAAAGAUAGCGGGACCCUCACAUCGGUACCCGUACACGGAUAGAAGACCAUCUAAAGCGGGUGUGGUAUCACGUGCGGCGUCGGCAUCUGUAGCGCCGUUCGUCUGGAUCUAUAGUGUUCUCAAGGAAAUCGUCACUACCACGGUCACGACAGUCACAGAAACGAUAACACCCAACCACGUAGAAUAUACGGAGUCAAUCAAAGUACAGAGAAAACAACAAACGUCGCGUCGCUGGCCCUGGUUGCUGUUGCUUCUGAUACCGGCCCUCGCUUACGGAUCUCACUAUACGUAUGAAAAUUGGGAGCAUCUUGCUCUGCCGAACUUAACCGAUUUCCAACUAGAUUUGAAGGAAUUCUCGGCUACACUACUGCCGAACAUAUCAUUGCCGAGUCUACCCAAUAUUACGCUGCCAAGCUUAAAUCUGACGAUGCCAGAUAUCAACAUAACGUUGCCAGAUAUACGCGACAACUUGCCAGAAAUGCCAGAAGUGAGGAAAACCUACAGAGAGUACAAAGACAUAGUACAGAACAGAGUCGGCGACGCAUCUGAUUACUUGAAAAUAGUUGGACAGAGUUGCUUCGAAGAGAUACGACGUUUUUGGAACGGGAUGAUAGGAUGA